AUGAUUGUUGAGAGAGUGGAAGAGAUGUUGGAGUAUGGGUUGUAUGAAUGCAGUUGGUGGUCACAUUGUAUUCUUAUGGAUCGUCAUUUUCUCUGUGUGGUUAUCCGGGAUACCGAUGCGUGUCCAUACCAAGUUACUACGAAGUCAACUGUUGAUGAGUUGAAUGUGCAUGUCUGUUCUUAUUGGAAUAGCAUUUUACCAGACUCAAUUCAGUUUGUAUUUGACUAUGAGGGGAGAAGCAAUGUUGUUGACAGUGAUGUGAAUCUCUGUUCUUUCUUGUCAUUGUGUAUUGUUAACCAGUUUUCUUUCUUGGAGCUUCGUUUAUUUGAACGUGUUCCUCUUCGUGCUCCUGAUUUUGUUCGUGAACCUACUACGAGCGAGUUUAGUUUAGCACCAGACCCUAAAAGAGCUAAGUUGGAGAAAUUGGAAUGCGACUGGAUGUUCCAUGCAGCUCCCAAGACUUCCAAUGUGAAGGGUCACUUAUUCCUCAAGGCCUAUAACGGGGAACAUAAAUGUUGUGUUGGUUAUAGUGAUGGAACAAAGGCUGAUCCGGUUACGCGCGAACUUAUCAAGAGUUUGAUAUUUGAGAAGAUUGAACAGAAUCCCAACAAGAAAGCCAGGGAUAUUGUUAGAGAACUCAAAAGUGAUUAUGGGUUGGAAGUGAGCUACGAUCAGGCGCAUGCCGGGAAAGAAUUAUGUUUCAAGGAAUUGUAUGGCGAGGACAUUAAAUCAUACACUGACUUGAGAUGGUGGUGUGAAGCCGUGAAGAAACACGAUCUAGGUAGUAGGGUUGAUUUAGUUGUUGAAGGUGGCGAGUUUAAGAGUUUGUUCUUAGCCUUCGAUGCUUGCAUCUCUGGUUUAGAAUAUUUUCGCCGGGGUUGUCUUAUGGCGUCUACCGGGAAGAAUGCGAAUAAUGGAAUAUUUCCUCUGGCAUAUGGUAUCGUAUCAUCUGAAACUGUUGAGAAUUGGCAUUGGUUCUUGAAGAAACUAGAAUCUAUCUUGGGUCCUCGUGUACUAACUUUUAUUUCGGAUCGCCAUGAGGGUUUGAUCCAAGGGAUUCGUGAUGUUUUCCCAACUUUCUAUCAUGCUUGGUGUUACCAGCAUUUGAAGAAUAAUGUCCGCAGUAAGACCAACAAGAAAAAGGGAGAGCAUUGUGCUGCGAUGGAGUCCUUUAACUCUUGGAUCAAGGAAGCAAAAGGUAUGCCUAUUGCAACACUUGUUAACUGGAUCAGACUUAAAAUUAUCGAACAAAUGAGUACAAUGAAGAGGAAGGGGGCGACGUAUAAAGGAUUCAUUUGUACCAGGCUAGAGAAAAAAGUGUUGGCUUCCAUUCGUGCUGGUGUCCAGUGGAGAAUAACCAAGUCUGGUGACAUGGAGUGGGAAGUUGUUGAUGGAAAGCACACGCAUGCUGUUAAUAUUGCGAAGUUUCAGUGCAGCUGUAGGGUUUGGUUUACUGAGCAGUUCCCUUGUGAUCACGCUAUUGCGUGUAUGCAUUCAAAUAACAUCAAUGUUUACGAGUAUAUUAAUCCGUAUUUCAACAUUGCUAGCUUCCGUGCUUCGUAUGAUCGUCCUAUCAAGACCAUUCCUGAUUAUGACAAGCCUAUUGAUGUUGCUGCUGGAGAUCUCGUGAACCCACCAACUGUCGCAGGAAAAAAACAUGGUAGGCCGAAGAAGAAGCGGAUUCCUAACACAGGUAGUGCAAGUUUCAAGAGACCAAUUACGUGCGGUAACUGCCAUACUCAGGCACAUCAUAACAAGACGACGUGUCCUCAUCCUCCUGCGAAAAAGCAACGUUAA